UGACCAGCUGCCAGGCUGUGAGCCACCCAUCUGGUAUCACAAGAGAGUAUUCUGCUGAGGUGCCUUCAGUGAAGAGCAGCCAUGGCUUCUUCAGAUGCUGAGAUGGCUGUCUUUGGAGAGGCAGCUCCCUACCUCCGAAAGUCAGAGAAGGAAAGAAUCGAGGCCCAGAACAAGCCUUUUGAUGCCAAGUCAUCUGUCUUUGUGGCGCAUCCUAAGGAAUCCUUUGUGAAAGGGACAAUCCAAAGCAGGGAAACAGGGAAGGUCACUGUCAAGACUGAAGCUGGAGAGACUCUGACUGUGAAGGAAGAUCAGGUCUUCUCCAUGAACCCUCCCAAGUACGAUAAAAUUGAGGACAUGGCCAUGAUGACCCACCUCCAUGAACCCGCUGUGCUGUACAACCUCAAAGAGCGUUACGCAGCCUGGAUGAUCUACACCUACUCGGGCCUCUUCUGUGUCACUGUCAACCCCUACAAGUGGCUGCCGGUGUACAACCCGGAGGUGGUGUUGGCCUACCGAGGCAAAAAGCGCCAGGAGGCCCCUCCACACAUCUUCUCCAUCUCUGACAACGCCUAUCAGUUCAUGCUGACUGACCGCGAGAAUCAGUCGAUCCUGAUCACCGGAGAAUCCGGUGCAGGGAAGACUGUGAACACGAAACGUGUCAUCCAGUACUUUGCAACAAUUGCAGCCAGCGGAGAUAAGAAGAAGGAGGAGCAGUCUGGCAAAAUGCAGGGAACACUUGAGGAUCAAAUCAUCAGUGCCAACCCGCUGCUGGAGGCCUUUGGAAAUGCCAAGACUGUGAGGAAUGACAACUCCUCACGCUUUGGUAAAUUCAUCAGAAUCCACUUUGGGGCCACAGGAAAACUGGCUUCUGCUGACAUUGAAACUUAUCUGCUGGAGAAGUCCAGGGUCACUUUCCAGCUCAAGGCAGAAAGAAGCUACCACAUCUUUUAUCAGAUCAUGUCCAACAAGAAGCCAGAGCUAAUAGACAUGCUCCUUAUUACUACCAACCCCUAUGACUACCACUUUGUGAGUCAAGGUGAGAUUUCUGUUCCCAGCAUUGAUGACCAAGAAGAGCUUAUGGCUACAGAUAGCGCCAUUGACAUCCUGGGCUUCACUGCUGAUGAAAAGACUGCCAUCUACAAGCUGACAGGGGCUGUCAUGCACUAUGGGAACUUGAAGUUCAAGCAGAAACAGCGAGAGGAGCAGGCAGAGCCAGAUGGCACAGAAGUUGCAGACAAGGCUGCCUACCUGAUGGGUCUGAACUCAGCAGACCUGCUCAAAGCGUUGUGCUACCCUCGAGUCAAAGUUGGGAAUGAGUAUGUGACCAAAGGUCAAACUGUGCAGCAGGUGCACAAUGCUGUAGGUGCUCUGGCAAAGGCUGUCUAUGAGAAGAUGUUCUUGUGGAUGGUUCUUCGCAUCAACCAACAGCUGGACACCAAGCAGCCCAGGCAGUACUUCAUUGGUGUCCUGGACAUCGCUGGCUUUGAGAUCUUUGAUUUCAACAGCUUUGAGCAGCUGUGCAUCAACUUCACCAAUGAGAAACUGCAACAGUUUUUCAACCACCACAUGUUUGUGCUGGAGCAAGAGGAGUACAAGAAGGAAGGCAUUGAAUGGACAUUCAUUGACUUUGGGAUGGACCUGGCUGCAUGCAUUGAGCUCAUUGAGAAGCCCAUGGGCAUCUUUUCCAUCCUGGAAGAGGAGUGCAUGUUCCCAAAGGCAACUGACACCUCUUUCAAGAACAAGCUCUAUGACCAGCAUCUGGGCAAGUCCAGCAACUUCCAGAAGCCCAAGCCUGCCAAAGGCAAGGCUGAGGCCCACUUCUCCCUGGUGCACUAUGCUGGCACAGUGGACUACAACAUCUCUGGCUGGCUUGAGAAGAACAAGGACCCCCUGAACGAAACUGUCAUUGGGUUGUACCAGAAGUCAUCUGUGAAGACACUGGCCUUACUGUUUGCUACCUAUGGUGGAGCAGAUGCAGAGGCUGGUGGAGGCAAAAAGGGUGGCAAGAAGAAGGGUUCUUCUUUCCAAACUGUUUCGGCUCUUUUCCGGGAGAACUUAAACAAGCUGAUGACCAACCUACGGAGCACUCACCCACAUUUUGUCCGCUGCAUCAUCCCAAAUGAAACAAAAACACCUGGUGCCAUGGAGCAUGAACUGGUGCUGCACCAGCUGCGCUGUAACGGCGUGCUGGAGGGGAUCAGGAUUUGCAGGAAAGGCUUCCCCAGCAGAGUCCUCUAUGCAGACUUUAAACAGAGAUACAAGGUUCUUAAUGCCAGUGCCAUUCCCGAGGGACAGUUCAUUGAUAGCAAGAAAGCUUCUGAGAAACUCCUUUCAUCUAUUGAUGUGGACCACACCCAAUACAAAUUUGGUCACACCAAGGUGUUCUUCAAAGCUGGGCUGCUGGGACUCCUGGAGGAGAUGAGGGAUGAGAAGCUGGCACAGCUCAUCACUCGCACACAGGCCAGGUGCAGGGGCUUCCUGAUGAGAGUGGAGUACCAGAGAAUGGUGGAGAGGAGAGAGUCCAUCUUCUGCAUCCAGUACAAUGUUCGUGCAUUCAUGAAUGUCAAGCACUGGCCCUGGAUGAAGCUGUUCUUCAAGAUCAAGCCCCUGCUGAAGAGCGCAGAGUCUGAGAAGGAGAUGGCCACCAUGAAGGAAGAGUUUGAGAAGACCAAGGAAGAGCUUGCAAAGUCUGAGGCAAAGAGGAAGGAGCUGGAGGAGAAAAUGGUGUCCCUGCUGCAGGAGAAAAAUGAUCUGCAGCUCCAAGUGCAGGCUGAAGCAGAUAGCUUGGCUGAUGCUGAGGAAAGGUGUGAUCAGCUCAUCAAAACCAAAAUCCAGCUGGAAGCCAAAAUUAAGGAGGUGACAGAACGGGCUGAGGAUGAGGAGGAAAUUAAUGCUGAGCUGACAGCCAAGAAGAGGAAACUGGAGGAUGAAUGUUCAGAGCUGAAGAAAGAUAUAGAUGACCUGGAGUUAACGUUGGCCAAGGUUGAGAAGGAAAAGCAUGCCACCGAAAACAAGGUGAAAAACCUCACAGAGGAGAUGGCAGCCCUGGAUGAGACCAUUGUGAAGCUGACAAAAGAGAAGAAAGCCCUCCAAGAGGCCCAUCAGCAGACACUGGAUGACCUGCAGGCUGAAGAGGACAAAGUCAAUACGCUGCGGGCCAAAGCAGAGAAGCACCGAGCUGACCUCUCCAGGGAGCUGGAGGAGAUCAGUGAGCGCCUGGAGGAAGCAGGAGGGGCUACGGCAGCUCAGAUUGAUAUGAACAAGAAGCGCGAGGCAGAAUUCCAGAAGAUGCGCCGUGACCUCGAAGAGGCCACGCUGCAGCACGAAGCCACGGCUGCCGCCCUGCGGAAGAAGCAUGCGGACAGCACAGCGGAGCUUGGGGAGCAGAUCGACAACCUGCAACGAGUCAAGCAGAAGCUGGAGAAGGAGAAGAGUGAGCUGAAGAUGGAGAUUGAUGACUUGGCCAGCAACAUGGAGUCUGUCUCCAAAGCUAAGGCAAAUCUGGAGAAGAUGUGCCGCACACUGGAAGAUCAGCUGAGUGAGAUUAAGACAAAGGAGGAAGAGCAUCAGCGCAUGAUCAAUGACCUCAAUACUCAAAGAGCUCGACUGCAGACAGAAGCCGGUGAAUAUUCACGGCAGGUGGAAGAAAAAGAUGCUUUGAUAUCUCAGUUAUCAAGAGGCAAACAGGCAUUUACUCAACAGAUUGAGGAAUUAAAGAGACAUCUAGAGGAAGAAAUAAAGGCCAAGAAUGCCCUGGCCCACGCCUUACAAUCUGCCCGCCAUGACUGUGACUUGCUCCGGGAACAAUACGAGGAGGAGCAGGAAGCCAAGGGUGAGCUGCAGCGUGCCCUGUCCAAGGCCAACAGCGAAGUGGCCCAGUGGAGAACCAAAUACGAGACGGACGCUAUUCAGCGCACAGAGGAGCUGGAGGAGGCCAAGAAGAAACUGGCACAGCGCCUGCAGGAUGCAGAGGAACACGUUGAAGCCGUGAAUGCCAAAUGUGCUUCCCUGGAAAAGACAAAGCAGAGGCUGCAGAAUGAGGUGGAGGACCUGAUGAUUGACGUGGAGCGAGCAAAUGCUGCCUGCGCAGCUCUGGACAAGAAGCAGAAGAACUUUGACAAGAUCCUGGCGGAAUGGAAGCAGAAGUACGAGGAAACGCAGGCUGAGCUGGAGGCCUCCCAGAAGGAGUCUCGCUCCCUCAGCACAGAGCUGUUCAAGAUGAAGAAUGCCUAUGAGGAGUCCCUGGACCACCUGGAAACGCUGAAGCGUGAGAACAAGAACUUGCAGCAGGAGAUUUCUGACCUCACGGAGCAGAUUGCAGAGGGAGGAAAGGCAAUUCAUGAGCUGGAGAAAGUCAAGAAGCAGAUUGAGCAGGAGAAGUCUGAAAUCCAGGCUGCCUUGGAGGAAGCUGAGGCCUCCCUGGAACACGAAGAGGGGAAGAUCCUGCGCCUCCAACUGGAGCUCAACCAGGUCAAGUCUGAGAUUGACAGGAAGAUAGCUGAGAAAGAUGAGGAAAUUGACCAGCUGAAGAGAAACCACCUCAGAAUUGUGGAGUCCUUGCAGAGCAGCCUGGAUGCUGAGAUCAGGAGCAGGAAUGAAGCCCUGCGGCUGAAGAAGAAGAUGGAGGGAGACCUGAAUGAAAUGGAGAUCCAGCUGAGCCAUGCCAACCGUGUUGCCGCAGAGGCACAAAAGAACCUGAGAAACACGCAGACAGUGUUGAAGGAUACCCAAAUACAUUUGGAUGACGCCCUCAGGUCACAGGAGGACCUGAAGGAGCAGGUGGCCAUGGUGGAGCGCAGAGCAAACCUGCUGCAGGCUGAGAUUGAGGAGCUACGGGCAGCCCUGGAGCAGACGGAGCGCUCGAGGAAAGUGGCUGAGCAGGAGCUUCUGGAUGCAAGUGAGCGUGUGCAGCUCCUCCAUACCCAGAACACCAGCUUGAUCAACACCAAGAAGAAACUAGAAACAGACAUUGCCCAAAUUCAGAGCGAAAUGGAAGAUACCAUCCAGGAAGCCCGCAAUGCUGAAGAGAAGGCCAAGAAGGCCAUCACCGAUGCGGCCAUGAUGGCAGAAGAGCUGAAGAAGGAGCAGGACACCAGUGCCCACCUGGAGAGGAUGAAGAAGAACCUGGACCAGACGGUGAAGGACCUGCAGCACCGUCUGGAUGAGGCGGAGCAGCUGGCCCUGAAGGGAGGCAAGAAGCAAAUCCAGAAGCUGGAGGCCAGGGUACGGGAGCUGGAAGGGGAGGUUGAUGCUGAGCAGAAGCGCAGCGCUGAAGCCGUGAAGGGUGUGCGCAAGUACGAGAGGAGGGUGAAGGAGCUGACCUACCAGUCUGAGGAAGACCGGAAGAAUAUUCUUAGACUCCAGGAUCUGGUGGACAAACUGCAGAUGAAGGUGAAAUCCUACAAGAGACAAGCUGAGGAGGCUGAGGAGCUGUCCAAUGUCAACCUCUCCAAGUUCCGCAAGAUCCAGCACGAGCUGGAGGAAGCCGAGGAGCGGGCUGACAUUGCAGAGUCACAGGUCAACAAGCUCCGUGUAAAGAGUCGGGAGUUUCACAGUAAGAAGAUAGAAGGGGAAGAGUGAGGAUGUCAUGAGGCAGCAAAGCAGCCUGAGGAAUGCACAAAAUGUGAACCCUCUGUCACUUUCUUUUGCAAUGUCUUUGUAACCAUGUCAAUGUCUAGAGAAUAAAAAACAUAGAUUAAUAUACACAUG